GUGAGCUGCUUGGGAUUGAUUUGCUGGCCAGCCUGGUCUACACUUCGGCCUCCACUGAAUCUCUCAAGCUGAGCCCAUGGAGUGCCGAAGUUGACACUGCCUUGCAGAGCGUCGGUAACCCUCGCAGUGAUGUCCUUGCUGAUUCCUUACCGACACCUAAGUACAUCCUGAUGAUUAUAUGUGCGGCAACCUAUAGCCUAAAGGCUAUAGGAUAUGGACUCGUACUCUCUGUAACCAGUCUUCGGCCGAAGUUGCGACGGUCCUCG